ACCUUGACUAUAGUCAUCUUGGGAAGGCUUGGGUCGUUGUCAAACGAAUGUUUGUAAACAAUGCAGCUUCCGUUUUCGGCGAGAAACUAGAACCGAAAAGAUCCAACGUAAAACAUUCAGAAACCCUUUUUGUGGAAUAGAUAUUCGCAGUUUUACUCGUAAUUCGUGAACAUAUUGACGAUAAGAAAGUGCCCAUCCACAUCCACAGCCCAAAGAUGCUGACCAAAUACUGUCGUAUUUGCUUAACCAGCAUCGCUGUUGUUCAUCAAUUGGACGAAGUAGUGCAUCAUUCUUUGACUCUCUAUGCAAUACUUUGCAAAAUGUAUCCCGAAGCAUUUACUGAGAAUAACGACGCGCAAUGGCCUACGAGAGUUUGCAAAAACUGCAAGCACUGCAUAUUGGAAGCGUACAGGUUGUACACGGUUUGUAUGGCGUCCUUCGAAGUAUUCAAGAAAGAACUACAGAAUGAACUGAAAACGACUCCGUUAAGAGCCAAAGCUGAUGUGUCUGUAAAGCGUAAUUGUAUGUCUAGUAAUGAUGAAAUAGAUUUCAAGGAGGCGAUUAUAACCGUAGACGACGAAGAAGACGGCGAGCAUUUACAAUCGAGUGACCAGGAAGAAGGAUACAAACCAAUUAAUGAAAAAAUCAUCGGAAAAGAACUUGACCAUCUUGAUGAUGUGUCUGUAAAGCGUAAUUGUAUGUCUAGUAAUGAUGAAAUAGAUUUCAAGGAGGCGAUUAUAAAAGUAGACGACGAAGAAGACGGCGAGCAUUUACUAUCGAGUGACCAGGAAGAAGGAUAUAAUCCAAUUAAUGAAAAAAUCAUCGGAAAAGAACUUGACCAUCUUGAAACUCUUCCAUUGAACGAGCAGCCAGCAAGCCCCGUAGUAGCACAACCGCCAAACACAAAAAGAAAUAAAGUUGUAAGCGAAUCUGCCAACUUUUUCAAAAAUGAAAUUGUGGAAUUACAGAUAGAAAUGGAUUGUGUUGCACAACCAAGUGCCGUUACCGUCCAAGAGGAUCAUCUGGAUGAUUUUGAUAAAAGUAUUGAGUAUUUUGAUGAUGCAGAGGACAGCUUGCAUGUCACUGCAUAUCAGGAAACAGUUGAUAAUGAUGAGAGAUCGACAGUAGCGACCGAAGUUUUAGAUAUCACUAUGAAUUCUGAAGCCAUGACGGAAUAUUCCAAUGAAUCGGAAGAGGACGAAACAUUCACUGAAACAUGUUCAACGGAAUUAUUCAGUUGUAAUUCAUGUAGGGAUGUGUUUCUGGACAAAGCCUCAUAUGAGAAACAUUUGAAACAGCACAGACUUGGGCGUUUAAUUUGCAAAAUGUGCAACAAAGGCUUCAAAAGCGUAACUGUUCUUAAUGCACAUAAAUGUAGGUACGAAACCUCAACGCUAUGUUGGAUAUGUGGCAUGACAAUGGCCACGAAAAAACAACAUAAGAAACAUAUGAUAUCUCAUAAGCCAGAAGAAAUGUGGGGUUGUCCAUUAUGUCCUUCUCGAUUCACUUCUUUAGAUGCUAUGAAAAGCCAUUUAGUUACGCACAAGAAGCAAAAAUUAUUUUGCUGUACGGUAUGUGGGAUGAACUUAUCAUCAAAGCGUAAUUUGAAAUACCAUCAACAAGCGGUUCACGGAGGUGGCUUAGAGAAAGUGUAUAAUUGCAACAUUUGCGAUCGCAGAUUUGCCUUUCCUUCUACGCUUAAAAACCACAUGAACACCCAUACGGGCUUGAGACCAUAUAAAUGCGUAUAUUGCAACCGAGUUUAUGGUAAUGGCGGUGAUUUGGUUGAACAUGUUGCCAAGCACCACGUUGGUAACGACAAUAUCUAUCUGUGCCAUCUUUGUGAUGCAGAUUUCUCGAAAGUAAGAGAACUUAAAGCCCAUUACGAGGUACAUUCCCGAAAGGGUGAGAAGUUCUACAACGAAAUCCUAACAGAGUUUGGAAAGUUUCGGUUUACCACCAUGGAUCUAUUGAAAAUGCGACGUCGGAAAGAAACGACAACGUUAAGUAGGGAUAACGCUAAUAACCAGUUUCCAAGUAGUUCAUAAUGUUAAAGUUAACAAGAAUUCAAUUUACCCCAAAUAAAUAGAUCCAUUUACUCUCUUAACACAUAUCAAGUGUUUAAGCGUAAUCAUUGUGUUUAUCUAACUGAUAAUAUAGGAUAGAAAUACUAACUGCAUUUACUUAUCCGCGAUCUCGAGAGUUGUUGGCUUGACAAAUAACAUCCUUCUAUUGUUCGCUUAUAAACUUUGUUUCUGCCUCGUUGCAGUAUCUGUUAUCAGGGAUCUUGUGUGGAAC